GCAGUGGAAGAUCCAUAGAGACCUACGCGUUUAUGGAUCCUGGGAGUACAGCCACGUUCUGUACGGAGGACCUUAGAAAGAAGCUGAAUGAGAAGGGAAAGCUAACUCAGAUCUCCUUGAGCACAAUGUGUCAGAACGAAGCAGAGAAACGAAAGUUGGUCAACAGCUACCUACUUAUGGACCUUGAAGUGUGUAGUCUUAAUGGAGAGGAGUACUUUUGGCUACCUAAAGUUUUCACACACAACGACAUUCCUGUUCAGAGAGAAAACAUUCCCAGUCAGCAACAUCUACAGAAGUGGUCCUACCUGAAUGAGGUACAUUUACCAUGUAUUGAUGCAAGUGUAGACCUUCUCAUUGGCGCCAAUAACUCUAAAGUAAUGGAGCCCUGGCAUGUAAUUAACAGCCAAGAGGAAGGACCCUAUGCUGUAAAGACGGUUCUCGGCUGGAUGGUGUAUGGUCCAGUGACGAAUGAAAACCCGCAUGUCAGAGUCAAGACAACUCCUUACAGUGUUAACCGAAUUGCAGUUGAGGAAGUGGAACAGCUACUUAUACAGCAAUACAACACAGAUUUUCCAGAACGUGUAUAUGAUGAUAAAGAGGAAAUGUCACAAGAGGAUAAGUUGUUCAUGAAAUCAGUGCAAAGCACAACCAAGUUCAAAGACGGACAUUACAGUGUGGGGCUCCCACUGAGAGACAAGGCUGUGAAAAUGCCCAACAACCGAUGUGUGGCCGAACAGCGAGCUGCUGGCCUUAGAAGAAAAUUAACAAGGAACCAAGAGUUUCUUGAGGACUACAAAGGCUUUAUGGAAAGUAUUCUGGGAAAAGGCUAUGCCAUGGAAGUUCCUCAAGACCAGCUUGCCCGUGAUGACAACAGGGUGUGGUAUGUUCCACACCACGGGGUGUACCACCCGAAGAAAAAGAAAAUACGAGUUGUUUUUGAUUGCAAUGCCAGCUUCCAGGAUGUCUCACUCAAUGGUCAGUUGAUGCAGGGACCUGACUUAACCAACACGCUCAUUGGUGCCUUAGUGAGGUUUCGAGAAGAACCAAUAGCUGUGAUGGCGGACAUAGAGUCCAUGUUUUAUCAGGUGAGAGUCCCAGAGACAGACGCUGACCUAUUGCGAUUUCUGUGGUGGCCGGCUGGUGAUCUUAGCACACCUGUAAAGGAGUACAGGAUGAUGGUCCAUCUGUUUGGAGCGACAUCUUCCCCUAGCGUUGCAUCCUAUGUGCUACGAAGAACCGCAGAAGAUCGAAGAGAUACCGCACCCCCAGAAGCUGUGGAAACAGUUCUACAUAAUUUCUAUGUAGACGACUGUCUUAAAUCGGUGGCGACCGAGGAGGAAGCAGUCUUCUUGGUGAAGAAUCUUCGAGACCUGUGUGCUGAAGGAGGUUUUACCCUCACCAAGUGGGUUAGCAACAGCAGGAGAGUCUUGUCUUCCAUUCCUGAAGAACUUCGAACCACUGAAUUAAGAGACCUCGACCUCACACAGGAUGCUUUGCCCACCGAACGAGCUCUCGGUGUACAAUGGUGUACAGAGGAUGAUGUGUUCACGUACAGCAUCAAGCCACAAGACAAGCCCAAGACAAGAAGAGGUGUUCUUUCUGUCGUAAAUUCCACCUAUGACCCUCUUGGCUUCCUGGCACCACUGAUACUCCCCGCUAAGCUUCUCCUGAGAGACCUGUGUAAAGAAAAGCUAGGAUGGGAUGAAGAGAUAAGUGACUCACAAAAAGAACAGUGGAGUAAGUGGUUGGAAGAUCACAGUCUCCUCUCAGGCUUCAAUGUCAGAAGAUGUGUCAAACCUCAGGCCUUUGGAACCAGAGUAGUUGCCAGGUUACACCAUUUUUCAGAUGCGAGUGAGGUCGCCUAUGGCACAGCAUCUUACCUUGUUCUGAUGAAUGACCUAGGCAGAAUCCAUUGUUCCUUGAUGAUGGGGAAGUCUCGAGUGUCCCCACUCAAGCAGAUCACUGUGCCAAGGCUGGAGUUGACUGCAGCGGUGGUUGCAGUCAAGGUGGAUAGGAUGCUGCAAGCUGAAAUGCAGAUCCCACUCCAGCAGUCAAUCUUUUGGACUGACAGCACAACGGUUCUGAAGUACAUCGAUAGUGACACAGCCCGUUACAAGACUUUUGUGGCAAAUAGAAUCACACUUAUACGAGAGGCCACUAAACCAUCUCAGUGGAGGUACGUCAGAACGUCGCAGAACCCAGCUGAUAAAGCAACCAGAGGUAUGAAAGCAAAAAAGUUCAUGGAAGAUAAAGACUGGAUAAAUGGCCCAGAAUUCCUUUCACGGCCAGAAAGUGAAUGGCCACAAAGACCUGACAAUCUGAAUCAGAGCAUGCAGAAUGACCCAGAGGUGAAAAGUGUCACAGUAAACACCAUCACAAUGGAAGAAAAGCUUGAUUGCAUGAACAAGUUAAUCGAGUACUAUGACAGUUGGAACCGACUGAAAAGGGCGACUGCAUGGAUUCUGAAAGUUAGAGAACUUUUGUUCAAUCUGAAAAACAAAAGAAAAGAGUUUCAAAGUGAAAUUAGUCAAACAGAAAAGGAUCCAGUGAAGCAGAAGUUGCUUGUGCAAAAAAGCAUGGAAAGGUACAGGAGUACCAUGGAAAAGAAAGCACUUACCUUGGAACAGCUGACAACGGCAGAAGCAGAAAUCAUCCGGUACAGCCAAGCCCAAUGCUUUCCUGAGGAGAUUAAUGCGCUCUGCAAUAGUAAGUCUGUAAAGAAGAGCAGCCAGCUGCAUAAACUUGAUCCCAUGCUGAAAGAUGGCAUUCUUAGGGUAGGAGGACGGCUAGCUAAAUCUGCCAUGCCAGUGGACACAAAAUAUCCUGUGAUACUGUCCAAACAUUCAAGAGUUGCAUUUCUCAUCCUGAGUGACAUCCAUGAGAGGAUCGGUCACUGUGGGCGUAACUAUAUGUUAUCGCAGUUAAGAGAGAAGUUUUGGAUCCCACAAGCAGUCUCCACCAUCAGAAAGCUCAUAUCCAAAUGCACGGUCUGCAGAAGACUACAAGGACGAGUUGGUGAACAGAAAAUGGCACCUCUGCCCGAAGAUCGUCUUGUACCAGACAAACCACCAUUCACUAAUGUUGGAAUUGAUUACUUCGGCCCAUUUGAAGUGAAACGGGGCCGGGGAACGGUCAAAAGAUAUGGUGUGAUGUUCACCUGCCUCACCAUCAGGGCAGUGCACAUUGAGGUGGCUGAUAGUCUGGACACAAGUGCCUGUAUCAAUGUCCUUCGUCGCUUUGUGAGUAGAAGAGGACAGGUCUCCAUAAUCCGAUCCGACAAUGGCACCAAUUUUGUUGGUGCCGAGAAGGAAUUGAGAGAGGCACUGAAAAACCUGAACCAAUCAGAGAUUGAGAAGACAAUGCAAAAGAAAGGCAUCAAGUGGAUCUUUAAUAGUCCCGCAGCUUCACAUGAAGGCGGGACUUGGGAACGGCAGAUCCGUUCAGUUCGUAGAAUUCUUAGUGCCCUUCUCAAGGAACAGACCUUCACCGACGACAGCCUUCAAACACUUCUUUGUGAGGUUGAAAGCAUAAUAAAUGGCCGACCCAUAACUAGCGUGUCAGAUGAUCCAUACGAUUUAGAUCCUCUGACCCCUAACCACCUGUUGUUGAUGAAGAUGGACUCUCGAAUACCUCCCCCUCCUCCAAGAACGUCAGAAGUGGACGAGACAGAAAAGGAAUUUUGA